AAAAUUUAUGUAUAUGUAUACAUAUUAUGUUUAUACACUAAAAUAUUGUAAAAAUAUAAAAUAACUUUGUUGUAUAGGCUUACAGCUAUUUGUCCCCAAACUUCGUUUUUUGCUGGCCUUUUUCAUUUCCCUGUCAUGUGACUAUGGAUAACAAUCGCGUGGUUAGAAACACGAGUAUAUGGUUUACAAAUCCAUAACUACGAGACAAAAUUAAAUCCAUACUCGUACCCAUAUACGUUCAUAGGUAUAGAUCUAUACUAAUGUUAAAUACACAUCGGGUAACGGGUAUGGAUACUAUAUAUUCAUACCCACAAAAAAUUAUCAUCUCAUACCUUAUUAUAUUUAUACUCAUACCCGUGGAUAACAAAUUAUAAUAUAUCUGUGUCCGAUGGAUAAUUAUCCGUUUCUCAUGGAUAACAAAUUUAGGCUAUAAAAAAAUUAUGUCUACUAAAAUUUCGAAUACUCAUACCAUAAAUUUAAUCUUGGGCCCGCCCCUACCGCUCCCGCUAAUUAUGUCGGUCGAUACCGUCCGGGCUAUGUGCUGCAUUGGCACCAGCCUUAUUGGAAUAGAGCAGUGACGAGGUAAAAAAAAUCUGCCAAUGGCGUAUGCUCUAAAAUAAUUUUAGCUACAGAUAUAGAAUUUUUGAUUUUGUAGUGACCCGUCGGUAAUUUUACUGGACUGUAUAUGGACGAGAGGUACAGUGUUCUGAGUGAGCCUCUGAAAAAAGAGCCAGUCGGUCGCUGUCGUCACUUUUCUGCAGCGGAAAGGCCACGGUCGGGUCGUCAGAGUUUGAAUCCGGUCUGGCCAGUUUUGCGUCGCGCCCCCUCUCCGUUCAAAACUAUUCGCGUUUCAGUCCACUUGUUCUGUCCGCCUCUUCAUUAAUUGCUCCACCUCGCUGACGGAGCUCUGCUGCUGUCUUCAAGAAGCAGAAUAGGAGUGAGGGAAAGCCCGUUGCUUUCGCUUCGGUUUUCUCCCAGAACUCCACCGAGAGAGGGGAAGGACUCCACAAGGAGAGGGGCCGAGGGGGGAGUAAACUCGGGUCCGUGUGACGGCAGAGAGUUUCCGACGAGGAGAGAGAAGCAGCUGGGAAGGGCACUCACGGAGCUUACAGAGAAAAAAGGGGUCGAGGUUCAUGCCCGUUUGGUUCCUCGGUUGCUGCGUGAGGCGGCCGGAGGAGUCGUGAACCGGGAAUGACGGGGGUGGUGGUGGUUUCCAGCGCGGGGUGCAAGGGUGGCGGCGGGGCGAAGAGGGCCGCCGGCGGCAGAGGUGGCGGGGAGGAGGAGCGGCGGCGGCGGGCGGCGGUUCUGGAGCUGCUGCUCGCGGCCGUGCGGCGCUCCGUGGUGGCGUGCCGGGUGGAGCGCGGGGCCGCCGGAGCCGGGUGGCCGGCGAGAGAGGAGGACGCGGCGGUGGCGCUCGAGGAGAUGGAGAUCGGUUGGCCCACCGACGUCCGCCACGUCGCCCACGUCACCUUCGACCGCUUCCACGGCUUCCUCGGCCUCCCCGUCGAGUUCGAGGAUGAGAUGCCCUGCCGCGUGCCCAGCGCCAGCGUUUUUGGUGUCUCGGCUGAAUUGAUGCAAUGCACAUACGAUGGCAAGGGAAAUUCAGUCCCCACGAUAUUGCUGCUCUUGCAGGAGAGGCUGUAUGCCCACGGGGGGCUGAAGUCUGAGGGGAUCUUUCGCAUUAAUCCAGAGAAUGACCAAGAGGAGCACGUGAGGGACCAGCUGAACAAAGGAAUUGUACCUGAUGACAUUGAUGUUCACUGCUUGGCUAGCCUGAUUAAGGCAUGGUUCAGGGAACUUCCAGAAGGUGUCCUGGAUGGCCUGUCCCCUCAGCAAGUGCUUCAAUGCAAUUCUGAAGGGGAGUUCCUUGAGCUUGUGACACUGUUGCGCCCCACUCAGGCGGCACUCCUCAAUUGGGCUGUCGAGCUGAUGUCUGAUGUUGUCGAAGAGGAGGAGCUCAACAAGAUGAAUGCUAGGAACGUAGCCAUGGUGUUUGCCCCCAACAUGACACAGAUGUCAGAUCCACUGACAGCACUCAUGCAUGCCGUCCAAGUCAUGAACUUUCUCAAGACACUGAUCUUGAGGACGCUUCGGGAGCGCGAUGAUGCAGCCACCACCGGAGAGUACACACCAUACUCAUCUCCAGCAUCAUCCAGUAAGCAUGAUGACGCCGAAUGCUGCUAUGGCAGUGAGCAGGACAUGGACAGGAGCUGUGAGAUGAGUGACAUGCAUAGCCAGAUCAGCAAGUCUGGGCGACAUGCAGACUAUCUCGUACGCUACAAUACCUGUUUUGACAGCGAACAAGAGGUCGACGAUCAUCUGAGUGAGGUUGAAGAAGGUUUCUUGCGUCGGUUGGAGCGUGAUCUUGGAGCAGACAGACCAGAGGUUUCUUGCAGAAAAAUCUCAGAGAUCAUGGCCCUGGAGGAUGCUGAGCCGAAAGCUGAAACUAGAGCAGUGGAGAAGGGCAUACAGAAUGAGAAUGAAGAGGUUGCUGAACAGCUAUAAUGAUGGAAGUUCUGUGUUUUUAGGCAGUAAAGCUUAUUAUUGUAAGUACUGAACACUGACCAAUGGUCUUUAUCCAACACCUCGGUUGAAUGUAUUGCUCCAGUGUAUGAUGUAAACUUGGCUGAUCCUUUUAAUGCUUGGUGCCCCUUUGUUACCUGGGAUUGUAUCCAUGGAAAUGGUCAGGCUCACUGGGAACAUGAGCCCUUGAUCAUCAAAUUUCCUGUGAUCGAGUUGAUA